AUGGCUUCUGGAACAACACAAGCGCCACCCGAAGAGCCCCCGGGUUCUAGUAAUAAGGAUGAAUCGGCUAGAUUCGAGUGCAACAUAUGUCUGGACGCCGCCCGCGACGCCGUCGUCUCCCUCUGCGGCCACCUCUUCUGCUGGCCGUGUCUCAGUCAGUGGCUCGACACCCGUCCCAACAAUCAAGUGUGUCCAGUGUGUAAAAGUGCGAUCGAUGGGACUAAAGUCGUCCCGAUCUAUGGACGCGGUGGUGAUACGACAGAUCCACGGACGAAAAUUCCGCCACGUCCGAAGGGGCAACGGAGUGAGCCGCAGCAGUCGUCAUUCGGUGGAUUCAACUGGGGUGGAUUCAACGAUGGAGGCGGUAUGAUGGGCGGCGGCGUUGGGCAUAAUGUCCAUUUUUCGUUCGGAAUUGGUACGGUGAAUCCGCUCUUUCCGCUGAUGUUCAUGCUCCCUUUCAUUCAAGGCAUCUUCCCGUUGUCGUUCGUCGCCUCGUGGUUCAAUAAUGGAAAUCCAGGACAGGAGAAUGGAGUUGGAGGAGGUGCUCCUGGAAAUCAAGGACAGCCUGGACAGCCAGGAGCGCAGGAGAGAGGUCCUGGGCCGUAUGGAAGAGUCCACUCGGAAACAGCGGCACCGGGAUCCAGAAUGGCUCAAGAGGAGGAAUAUUUGUCGAAUAUUUUUAAAUACAUUGGGAUUUUCAUGCUUCUCUGGCUCUUUUUGGUGUAA